UCGAAUCGUAGUCCGAUGCCGUCGUCUUGAGUAACGGUGCGCGCGCUGUACUGUAAAGUUGUCCGGCAAUCCCCUAAAACCGGGUUUUUGCACGCGCGCGCGUCUUUGCGAUUGCGAAAUAGUGGGUGACUGCGUGUGUCGUGAGGGCCAGCUCAAUCGAUGAAAAAGUGUGACACUUGCUCAGUUCGUGGUUGAAUUUUUUUUUUUGUGCAGUGGUGCUGCUGGUGCAGCUUCUUUUUUUCUCGGUCCAUGAAGUUGCGUUGAUGCGCACAAGGUGAUUGUGAAAGUAGCGCCGCCGGAGACGAGCAUGAGUUUGGCGAACAAGAUGCCGCAAACGGUGCCAACGGGCACAGACUACUCGUCGUCUUUUGAUUAUAGUGCCUUCCAGUUUGACCUAUCCUUACUGGCUGAUGACUACCUUAGCCACAAUGCAACUUCUACAACAAUGACCCUUAAAGUGCCACAAAUUAAGCAGGAGAUUCACUCACCACGAGCAGUAUCUCCCAGCUGCACAGCCUAUUCCAGUCCUUCAUAUCCCUGUAUAUCUAGUGGUGAACUAUCGCCUAACUACUCGCGUGAUGCAUCGCCAGCGUAUCCAACGAGCCCGUAUUACGUACCUCAAAGUCCGCAGAGUGCUCAGCUUUAUCCUACCAGUCCUGAACCUGCGACCACUACCAUGAGCAAACAGCAGGUCAAGCGAGAAAAGAGCUUAGAUUUGCUUACCAUACUAUACGAGUCUAGACUUCUUGCGGAAAGCUUGGGCUACAAAGAGGACUCGACGGACUGCACAGUACCUUGCACACCACCUCGAACAGAGGAAGAUAUCUACAAUAACCUUGAUGCUGAUUUCUUUGCUUUAAAAAAGGAGGAAUCGAAUCCCUUGCUCAAAGAGAUCCUCUUCAAGAAUAAGGGGGAGAGCCGAUACUUGCGCUCUUCGGUCUCCUCGUCAGCGUCAACUUGUUCUUCAUCCUCACUUGCCUCUUCGCCAACUCCACCAUCCCUUGACUACGAAAAGUCGUCUCUGCGAGAACUCCUUUUCCGAUCACAUAACUCUACACCCAGUACAGUUGCAGCAGCCGCGGCAGCUAUCUGUUCCGCCAAAAGUACAGUGGGUAGAAGCGAUUCCAAGUUCACGAUACCAAUUAUUAAGAUCGACAAAUAUAAGGAGCCAAGGACGCAACUGGAUGACGAUGCCGAUGCUGCAAAGAGAAUCACCAGUGGUGAUCACCAGCUGCUGCGAGAAGUGCUGAGGGACACAAGUUUUCAGCGCAAAUACAACCUCAGGCCUCUCGAUUUAGGCGUGGUUGGCACGGGCUUCGUCGAGGACAUGGCCGAGAGUGGCGAGUGCGUCGGUGAGUUGGCUAGAGAGCAGAUCGAACCUGUCCUCAGCCUUGCUAUUCAGCAGCUGCAGAAGGACUUCGAUAAUACCUGCGUCGCACUCGGUAUACACCCUGAACCCUGCCGUUGGAGCGUGGCAGACGUUGCAGCCUGGGUACAGUGGGCAAAACGACAAUUGCAACUGCCAUCCCUCCCACUGGAAAGUUUUAACGUUAACGGAGCCACUUUAGCUUCGUUUACGGAAGAGGACUUCUGCCAAAGAGCUCCUCAGUGUGGCAGUAUGCUACACGCUCAGCUGGAGAUCUGGAAAGCGGCCGUCGAGGAGUCACCGAACAACAACAACAACAACAACAACAACACCCUCACGGUGAGUUGGACUCCUACCGGUGUCGUGCAGUCACCGAGUAGUGGAAGCACCGCCUCGUCCGUUCCGAGCAGCGCUCCCGGCAGUGUCAAGGACGCUUCGACCAUGGACUUCUCGGACGACGAUGAUGACGACUCAAGCUCCGCGAUCACCGAAGUCGGCAAUAGCAACGGCAGCACCGGAAACAGUACCGGCGUCACCGGCAAAAUCCGCAGCAGCGGCUCACACAUUCACCUGUGGCAGUUUUUAAAGGAACUACUUCAGAGUCCCGGGGCCCACGGCUCGUGCAUACGAUGGCUCGACCGCAACAAGGGCGUCUUCAAGAUCGAGGAUUCGGUGCGGGUCGCCCGGCUGUGGGGCAAGCGCAAGAACCGGCCGGCCAUGAACUACGACAAGCUCAGCCGCAGCAUCAGGCAGUACUACAAGAAGGGCAUCAUGAAGAAGACGGAGCGCAGCCAGAGGCUCGUCUACCAGUUCUGCCACCCUUACUGUCUGUGAGAGGGUUGUGUAUCGUGGUCAUAGCUGAUCUUUUCGUUUCGAGGAAAAUUUGAGGGUGUUCAAUAAAAGGGAAAAAUUAAGUGGAUACAGUUUUCCUCGGCUCGAAAAGAUUGGUGGUCGUGGAGUUUUUGUACCGUGUUAUUACUCAAUUGUCUCUUCGUGGCUCGAUCCAUGUCAUGUUUCUCUUGUCUCAAGACACCUCCUCGAUGAAGAUGUGCAAAACUGGAGUGAGGAUUUCGGCCAUUAUCUACAUUGUGAUCGAAGCACGGACAGUCAAAGUUAGCUUGGUUAAGGCCCCUUUCUCUCACUGGGAGAGGAGCUCAUUAAAAUUAUUAUUUUUCCAAGAAGUGGUAAAUUUUCCUGCGCAUUUAUACAUGCGUAUCUCCGUACGCCUACAAAAUUGAUCGGUAGAAGAAGAACGGUCUAUGUAUAUUUUUAUCAUUGAUAAAUAUGAUCGUAUACUAUGAAUAGUGCCUUUGGACGUGACAUUAAUUUCCAUUUGAUUCAAAUUUGACUUGUGUUAGUUUGAAAACGUAGAGUACGAGAGAGCGUGACAAAUCACUGAACUAAAGUUAAGAAAAUAUAAACGAUCCACGUUGCUUUGUUGCACCUAUAGCGACAGUAAAGCACAAGUGGGUCUGCAGAGUACGCCCAUGUGGGCAUCUUUUUUCCUACAAUCUCAUUUUCUUCCUACAGCCAACAUGAUGACUCGGCGAUUCGAACACGAAUCGCUUUCAACAUCGUGUAACGGCACUCAGGAGGUACGUCCUGAACUUUCUUUGUCUUCCGAGUAAAUGAUUACUUUUUUUCAUGUUCAUGCUUUAUUGUUGAGAUGAUAAAAAAAGUGAAAAUGAAAAAAAAAAAACAUUUUUCCACUGUUGCUUACUGAUCCCGCUUAUCUCGAGCUUUUUCACAAGGUACCUUCGAGCUGUACCAUCGCAGUAUAUCAGUUUAUCCGUGGAGAUAGGAUUCAUUAACAAUGUUUUCAGCUGUACACGUUUUAUGCAUACAACAAAAGGUACUUUUUUGAAUCAAUAGCUCCGAGCAUAACAGGAUUUUGGU